AUGGAGGCUAAUAUGCCCAUUCUUGGGAUGUUUCCAUUCGCGACGCUUAAGGACCAAGUUGAGAAGGAGCCUGAGCGGCCGUUUAUUGUCGAUGUGGGAGGUGGCAAGGGGCAGGCUAUGUUAGCGAUUGAGACAGAGUGCCCUAAGUUCUUUGGGGGAAAUGUAAUCUUGGAGGACUUGCCUAUUGUCAUCGAUUCCUUGAAAUCGGAGGAUCUUCCUGGUAUCGAGCCAACAGUUCACGAUAUUUUCACUCUACAACCUGUCAAGAAUGCACACGUGUAUUUCCUGCGCCGACUUCUCCACGACUUCUAUAAUCCUGUUUGUUUGGAGAUUCUGAAGAAUAUUGUGCCGGCUAUGGGUUCUGUUUUCUUCUGACUCGCGCUUGAUCAUUUGCGACAUGAUUGUCCCUGAGAUGGUUGAAGUUGGCGGGCCGCUGCAGCUGUAUUGGUUGGAUUUCUCCUUGCUUCUCCUUAGUGGCAAGGAGAAGACGUUGAGCGAGUUCACGGAUCUUUUCAACGAAGUUGGACUGGAGCUGAUGAAAGUAUAUCCUUCGGGUGUUGGUACGACUUCCAUGCUAGAGACACGUCUAAAGAAAUGACGAUGUUGCAGCAUUGGUACCGUUGAGAGAAUGAGCCACAGCAGCUUAGAUUUAUGCGCAAUUGAGC